CAUCGCGUAUAACCGAGCAAAUAAGUCGCAAUCGUGCCGCGCCGAGGACGACGACUGCUUCAAUAGUCGUCAGCCAAUAUAUAUAGUAACGUUAAACAAAAAAGUUUCCGCACUUCCUUUUCUCUCUUUCACUCCGAUACUUCCGUCACAAUUCGUCAUAAUGUGACAUCGGAGCGCUUCCUCGAUGCGCUUUAAUGCAUUUGAAUUGAAAAGUGUCCUCGAGAAUGAUCCUCCGCGCGUGCAAAGCCUACUUUUGAAAUUUUGCCUUCGUAAUAAAAUUGACGAUCGACUAUCCAGCUGAAUAAAAGCGUCGCCCAAGAGUAAAUAAGUGAUUAAUUUAUACGAUAUUUGUUUUCGCAGGCGCCAGUUUGUACUUUCACGGAUUCACGUUUCUCGCAUUAUAACGUGUUGCGCCUGAAACGACGAGUUGUUUAUGUGAAACGAAGAUAACAAGAUUUGGCACAGAAUUUAUUUUCGUGCCGCGGGAACGGCGUGUCGUGUGACGAGACGAUAGAGAGAGUAUAUAACGUGUUUAUAAUUCUCGGCACGAAUAAAUGACGAAAUUGUUAAAUUCCGCCGGUAUCCGCGGCAUCGAUAUCCCGUGUAUAAUAUACGUCGUAUGCCUGCCGCCUACGGAGAUUCUGAAUCGUUGUACACGAAUAUGUAUAACGACGAAAAUGUCGCUUAGCUAACCACGGGACACUUUGCAGCAGGUGUGCGAAAGGUGUCGCGCCUUUGACUUUCGACUAAUAACCGAUGUGAAUGAUGUGAUGUUACCGCAAUGUCCCUCACCUCGAGAACAAACAGAUGGGCCUCGAGAGUAAUUAUUAUUUUACAGCUGGUCACCUGGAACGCUGUUGGCAUCAUUCUUCUUCACAGAGGCGUCAGCACAUUGCACAAAAGAAUCUUGGAAACCAGCAAUGUUGUCGAGGUAAUGAAAGUAGAUCCCCCGACCGGUUUGGAGUCCGUCGUAUCGUCUACGAGACACGAAUAUGAUCUAUCCACCCAGCAACAACCGAUCAACAAGAACGUGGAGAUAAUUCAGAUAGAUCCGUCUCUGGGUGAUGAUACGAAUCUCUCUGGAUUAAUCGCAAUUCGAAACGAACGAUUAAAGAACGCAUCCGAGAUUUUUUCGGAGAAGCAACCAUCUACGUUUUUUCUCGCGGAUCCUCUCGCAGUUCCGACGACCGAGAAUAAAGAUGUAAUGAACAAGAUCUCGAGAAUAGCUCGAGACAGGGAGCAUAUUCUCGGCAACAGAAUUUCAAACAACAUUCACGCGGAAGAGGAUGUCACUUCAACUUCGGAUUAUUCGGAAUCCAAGAUUGCGGGAUCGGUUUUGAGGAAGGAGGAGGAUCUCGAUGUCGUAGAAAACGCGACACGAGCCACAGUGCACGAGACGUCGUCCACUCUUGGCAAGGAGGCCGAUCAGGAUCAAUUUACCAUUAGAACAGGCAAAAGCAAUGUAAAAUUCUCCCGCGUGAACGAAAACAUCGCGACGACGGCCGUCGCUUUAGUGUCUAUCGGUGCGAUUAUGCUGCUGGUGGGGCCAAUCGUGAUCGUAAUGCGGAUUUUGGAUGAGAGGAGGCAAGCGAGAAAGCUGAUGGCAUUGCCGUCAAGAUCGCGAGAAGAUCUGCCACCCACGUACGAGCAGGCCGUUCUCAUGGACGAAGCACCAAGGUAUUCGACGCUCGCAUUGAACUACGAUCGCACGCCGCCGCCCUCGCCGACUUUCUCGUCCACCUACACCUUUUCGAACUCUGCAACGUAGUUGUGUCCUAGACGGAAUUUGGGUGGAGAAAUUUUUUUCUUUGUGUUGCUUUUUUUGUAUAAUAAAA